AUGGCGGAUAACAAUAUCACCACUCGCCCGGCGAACACAGUACAAAUCGACGAAAAACCCGAUAUCGCUCAUCUUGAAACUGUUACUUCCAAUGAUGCAUACCCUGAAAAGGACUGUCUCGAUUAUGACCGUGUCGACAAAGAAAUCGCCAAAUACGCAGAUCCCUCACGCGUAGUCGAAAUCACCCCAGAGGAGAACAAACGGUUAAAACGCAUGAUCGAUAAACGAGUCCUAGCGGUCAUGGUAUUCACCUAUUUCCUCCAGGCGCUUGAUAAAGGAACUCUAUCCUUUGCCUCGAUCAUGCAUAUCCGUGAGGAUAACGGUCUACACGGUCAACAAUAUUCUUGGUUAACGACAUGUAUCUACAUCGCCAUUUUAAUUGUUGAGUAUCCUAUCAAUUGGGGUAUUCAACGAGUCCCCAUUGCAAAGACUUUGGGAUGUGCGGUCAUUAUCUGGGGCUCCAUACUUGCGCUCCACGCUGCUACGCACAACUUCGUCGGACUCGUGACUGUUCGAACGCUUCUUGGUAUCUUUGAAGCUAUUUGUCAGCCUACCUUCGUGGUAUUAUCUGGUAUGUGGUAUAAACGGGAGGAGCAGGCCGAGGCUGUUACGUUCUGGUAUAUGAUGAACGGUGGGCAGCAGAUUGUUGGUGGCAUAUUGGCGUAUUGUUUUACGCUGAUUAAGCCCGGUGGACCACUAAAGAGCUGGCAAGCUCUGUUUCUGACUUAUGGGUGUUUUUCGGUCCUCUGGGGCGUUUUCGUUUUAUAUUGGAUGCCAGACAGUCCUAUGAGAGCGAAAUGCUUUUCAGAGGAGGAUAAGGCCCUGAUGAUCGAACGAGUUCGGUCGAAUCAAACCGGUUUGCAGAACAAAAAGUUUAGACCGGAGCAGUUUAAGGAGGCACUUAUGGAUCCUCAGUGCUGGUGCUACGGCGGUAUCCAGCUUUGCACGACGCUGCCAACAUCCGGGUUGGGGGCUUUUGCGAAUAUCAUCAUUACCGGUUUCAACUUCACCAUUUUACAGACUCAGCUUUUGGCUAUGGUACUUGGUGCGGUUAUCAUCAUCGUUCUCCUGUCUUCGACCUACAUCGCCAAGAAAACGAAUCAAACCCUCAUCGUUAUGGGGCUCUACGUUAUUCCCUCUUUUGUGGGCACAAUCGUCCUAAUGACGGUUCAAAAUCGGAAUCUAGGAACCAAAGUCGGCCUCUUGAUCUCCUACUACAUGGUCCUCUCCUUCUGGGCGGCUCAGAAUCUUACUAUGUCCCUCGUUUCCCGUAACGUUGGUGGACAGACCAAGAAGACUGUUGCAGUAGCCAUGAAUUUCAUCUUCUGGGCUACAGGUAACGCAAUUGGUCCACAGGUGUUUUUGGACAGAGAUAAACCAAGAUAUUUUAUUGCGUUUUCGACGCAUAUGGGGUGCUAUGUGGCUCUGGUUCUUAUUAUCUUUUACCUAAGAUGGCAUUUGUCAACGCAGAAUAAGAGAAAAGAAGAGGAAGGGGGUAGUGAGGAUAAGGGAGUGGUUCAUGGUUUUGACGAUUUGACGGAUAGGCAGAAUAUUAAUUUCAGGUAUAUUUACUAG